UGAUAAUAUUUAUAUUUAUAUAUAAUUUUCUUAUGUAAGUUUAUAUUUAUAUUUAUAUGAGAUAUUUAUAUGAAAUAUUUAAUAUAAUAUUUGUAGCUUUGGAGAUAACCUUACAGCAAAACAACAAAAAUUUAAAAUUUAAGAGAGAGAGAGAGAGAGAGAGAGAGAGAGAGAGAGAGAGAGAGAGAGAGAGAGAGAGAGAGAGAGAGAGAGAGAGAGAGAGAGAGAGUUAUUGGUGAUAUAAUAAUAGUACGUAACAUGUGACCUACUCUAAUUAAAUAAUUAGAGAAAAUCUUGAUAUAAGAUCAUAUCUGCAUAUAUUCCACAGAAAAGACAACAUUAGGUGCAAUAAUAAAAUUAUUAGUAGUAUUAUACUAUUAUUGCUGUUAUAUUUAUUUAAAGGAUUGAAGAAGUACAGUGUAAAGUCAUCUGUAGCAGUUUUAAUAAAAUUUUGUGUUGGGGAGAAUAAUUCUAUUUACAAUGGAGAGGGAUGAGAAAAUUGAUGAAAUUUUGGCAAAACUUGAAAAAAUUAAGGAUCCAGUUGGUGAUAUCUGUCGUUACAAUUAUCAAGGAUUUUGGAUUCAAGAAUUUUCAUUGAAGGGUUUAAUAUCCUUUCAAACACAAUUUGAGGCAAGAGAUGAUGAUAUUAUAUUAACUUCUUGUCCAAAAUCAGGUACUACUUGGUUGAAAUCUCUUAUUUUUUCUAUUGUCAACCGUAAUAAUAAUAACAAUAUUAAUCCUUUGUUUACUACCAAUCCACAUGACCUUAUUCCCUUGCUUGAAUUAUCAUUACCUAUGGAAACCAUGAUUAAGCCAAGACUUUUGAGUACACAUACUCCUUAUUCUUCGUUACCACAAUCCAUCAAGUACUCUCAUUGUAAAAUUGUAUAUAUUUGUAGAAAUCCAUUGGAUGUAUUUGUUUCCCAUUGGCACUUUUCUCAUAAACUUUAUGGAGAAAACAACAUUGAACCAUAUCAUUUAGAAGAGUGUUUUGAUAUGUUUUGUAAAGGAAUCCAUGCAUUUGGACCCUUUUGGGACCAUAUUUUAGGGUUUUGGAAAGCAAGUUUAGAGAUGCCUCACAAGAUCUUAUUUUUGAAAUACGAAGAGCUUAAGAAAGACGUAGUCUUUUUCAUUAAAAUGAUAGCUGAUUUUUUGGAAUUUCCAUUUUCGAAAGAGGAAGAACAUUGCGGAGUUCCACAACAAAUAGAGCAACUAUGUUGCUUUGAGAAUUUGAAAAAUAUGGAUGUAAAUAAGACUGGGAAACGUCCUAUUGGGAUGUCUAAUAGUUCAUUCUUUAGGAAAGGUGAGACAGGAGAUUGGGUAAACUAUUUGACACCUCAAAUGGCCGAACGUGGAAAGAAGCUCAUUCAAGAAAAGUUUGGAGAGUUCGGUUUAGUGUUUGAUUUUCUAGAUUAAUUGUUGUAAUAAUCUUUGUUUGUUUCCAUUGUCUUAAUUUUGUGUGUGUCUUUUAUGAAGAGAUGUUUGUUGUAUAAAUCCUAAAUAUAUUGUCAAUAUGCAUAUGGUUGCAUGUAUAUGUAUCAAUAUUCAAGUGUUUUUUAAUGGAAA